GGCCCAAUGUUGACCCAGAUGUUUGAAUUCUUCCUUGGGCACAUAUUUAUUGUGCUACUUUUUGCCAGUGUGCCUGGCACAUGUUUGCCUGGCACGUGUUUGCCUGAUGGCAUUCUGGAGCAGAAUCGUUUGCACGUGGAUGAUGUGUCCGGCCCAACAGCCAUUCGCUUGUUGGUGUACAGCUGGCCCUCGGCCCAAGCCGUAACAUCCAUCGCAGACAUUUUGAUCAGAGAAAGGCUGGGAGUUCAUAGCGUGAUGAACGAGACAGUUGACACAGUCUUGCAAGCAGCGCUGAAAUUGUCGGGUUGUGAAGAGAUCACUUGUGUUGAAAGCACUGAUGGUGCUCAUGCUGCCCUUGAGACAUGGUGGAAUUCAGCGGACGAACUGAUGGAUUUCCAACAACUCCAUCCUGACAGGGCACCGGUGGAUUUAGGAUCUAUAGGCUACGAGGGCGAGGACGACGUGUAUGUGUCCAAGGGCAUUGUUUCAAAAGCAUAUGAUGAGACCGGGAACUCCUUGGACUUUUACAGGGCCUACAACGUGUCUCAUCACACUGCACAUCGGUAUUUCGCCAAGCUGACCGAAUUGUCAGUCGCUGAUUAUGUGAGCUGUAAUGAAUUGAAAUGGGCCAAUCCAGCCUUCAUCAAUUCAUAUGUCGAGUACACGGGUGAUUUGGAGGGGGUGAUUGAAGUUGCACCUGGACAGUACCAUGCGAAAUGUCCCAAUGGGAAGUUCUGGAUUGCGCCAUCCUGUCGCCAGAAUGUCACGGAGUGCAUUCCUGUUGUCACAAGCGGAUACGGCUGGCUUUUGGACAUUAUCAUGUUGUGGUCGACGUCCUAUGGGCUUCCAACGGCUUUGGGUUUGACUCGCACGUUCGAUCUUUAUGCCUCCCAGAUCCUGACAACCAAUGUGAUGUUCUAUUGGUGGCGUCCGGAUGUCACCUUCCUCCAAUUGAACCCCAAGCAGGUGAUUUUUCCCAAGCACAAUGCGGAUGCUUGGGCCAAAGGGGAUAAAAGAACGGCUUCGAAGGGAGGUCACGUUGGAAAGCUGGUGAACUUGAACCUGGAUGGCAUGGGUAGCGUUGCGUCCAGGGUAAGAAGGUUCCUUCAAAACUUGGAGAUCUCUUUGCAGGACGUUGAGUCGCUGUUGCAGAUCCGGGCUGAUGGACACAGCUCUUUGGAUGCUGCUUGUCGCUGGGUCAAGUCCAACCAGGCCAAAUGGGCGAGCUGGAUUCCGGUGAAAACCGCAUGUAGCCCUGGGUAUGGUUUGAUUGACCGAAGCCUUCACUAUGUGCCUUCCCGCACAGAAGCCGUUGAUUGCGGCCUUUGUGUCCCUGGUCGGUUCUCCGAACUGCUGGUGGACCACGUGGGGAAAACGCGUCGCUGCACGGCUUGCACCACUGGUCACUACCAGAAGCUUUCAGGGGAGACGUCUUGUACCGAAUGCGAAAUGGGGAGAUUUCUGGAUACCAGCGGGCAAUCUGAGUGUGCUUUGUGCCCCUUGGGCAGCUAUGCCAACUCAACUGCCAUGACAUUCUGUGAAAGAUGUGGUGAUGGGCCUGAAUGGACUACAAGCCGGUUGGUGACUGUUGUAAGUGAUGAGGAGAGCUCGGAGAAGUGGAUCGAAACUGAAGGAGCUGCUUCUGCUGAUUUGUGCAGCUGCAUCGCAGGGUGGUUCUUUGAGAAAUCCAAGUGCAUUGAGUGCAGCAGUGGCACUAGAUGUGUCGGAGGUGAACUGCAGCUUCUACCAGGCUAUUUUUCAAGUGUGAAUGACCCUGGAAGCGUCUUCAAAUGCUACGGCUCCACGGACAGGUGUCCUGGUGGUCUCCCAGGUACUUGCGCUCGAGGAAGGGAUACAACAAGUGUGGCUUGCGGACGAUGCUCACCUGGUUUGAGGUCGGGCGGCGAGGCUGAGUGCAUUCCAUGCAAUGGAACUGACUACUUUGUUUUGGCCCUUCUCGGCUUGUUGUUGUUUGCCAGCAGCGGCAUUUUGCACGUGGUCUCAUUGAACGCGUCGCAAGGCAAGAAGCAAACGAGUCUCAUCAACACAAUUGUUUCCGUCAACCAAUUUGUGACUUGCUUGCAGCUGCUGGCUGUGAUGGGGCAGAUGGGCAUUGCCUGGGGUGAACCUUUCCAUACGUUGCUGCAAUCAAUAGACUUUCUGUCUCCCGAUUAUUUGUGGGAGCAAUUGGACACGCUCAACUGCUUCACUCGAGUCUCUCUCGUCAUUGCCUUUUUGUUUCAGAAUCUCGGGGUGCCUGGGCUUCUUUGUUUGGCUCCUAUCCUUAUUCAUUUGAUUCAUUUUCGGUGUCGAAGAGCAGUGAAACUGCACUUACUUUUGGGGACACUCGGACUACUUUGCGUGCUUUUCGUGAUGAUUCUGUGCAACUCGAUUCUGGAUCCUUUUCAGUGUGAAGAGCAUCCAAACGGAUUGUUCACUCUGCGGAGCAAUCGCGAUACAUUGUGCAACUUCGCAGGUGUGCACCUGCAACUAUGUGUCAUUAGCUUGACCUUCUCCCUGUUUCCAAUAUGUUUUUUCUCGAUUUGUUCCUGGAUCCUAUUGAUUGAGUUGCCAAAGCGCCUCCAAGUGGCAGAUGUGCAGUUCUUGCAUUCUUGUUCCUUCCUAAUAUUGCGAUUUCGUCCUGGGUCCGAAGUGUUUGCUCUGGUCUUCCUGAUGCGCAACAUGCUGUUCGCAGUCACGCCAAUAUUGCCCGGAGAUGCAGCUUCACUGCUGAUGAUGCACUUGCUCAUGUUUUUCAGCUUUGGUCUGGUAGCUUACUGCAAGCCAUGGCCCACAAGGUUGUCAAAUUGGGUGGAUCUCUUCAUCCACAUAACUUUGCUGCUGAUUCUCGUUUUUGGAUCUUUUUUUGUGGAGCUUCGGAAUGGAAAUGCAACCAUGAUGAUAAUAUGCACAGCUGCUACCGUGCUUAUGAUGCUUGGCUUAUUGGCUGUUGCCGCUGAAGGCCUUGUCCGACACCUCUUGAGCCCCAUUUGCAUCGGGCUCAAACCUUAUCGCUUCUUCCUUUGUCACCACAAAGGGGUGGCAGGUAGUUUGGCACGGUGGCUCAAGCUGGAACUGAGCCGACGUGGAACUACGAUGAAGGUUUUCAUUGACAGUGACAACCUCACCGACCUCACUCGACUUUUCACUAUUGUUGGUGAAGAGGUGCAAACACUGGUCAUCAUUGCAUCGCCAGGGCUGCUGACCCGAAAAUGGUGUGUUGGCGAGAUGGUGGCAGCUAGAUUGCGAAAUGUGGAUGCAGCAUUGUUGACCUUGCCGAACUUUGUUCUGCCUGAUUCGCAUUUCCUCAAAGCCUUUGAGGGAACGAUUCCUGAGGUAAAGGAACUUGCUAACUAUGGAUUUGGCAUGACGGAGAUCAUGGAUACUUUCAAUUGGUUGAGCACCAUCCGGGCAAUUCCUUUAGAAACCAUUACCCUGUCGGCGUUCAAUUACGUCGUGGCUGAACUUUUGAACUGCAAGACAUUGAGCCAAAGUGAAUCUCUCAACCCGAAGAUCCAGGGUUCCAACUGUUUGAUUUUGGCAGACUUGGAAGACGCAGAGGCAGUUGCGACAGCGCAUAUUCUUCAAAUACUCAUUGGUUCAGACAUGAUGCAUUUUCAUGGUGCUUUGCCGAAGGUGUUGGAUGUGGGAAGCUCCCUCAGGGAGACGUUGCCACCAUCAACGCUGUUGGAAGUUUUUGCGCUAAUGAUUUGCACCAAAGAUUGCUUAGUGUCAUGUCAAAUGGCAUCUUGGCUUCUAGAGGCCUUGGACCUUUCAGGAGACGAGGCCGGCUCACUGGGCAGCUCGACCUUGAAUACCUCACCCCAGGCCUCACCUCGGCAGCAGCUACAGAUCUAUGUCCUUCCACUGGUAGCAGAAGACUUCCAGGUUCCAUCCAGAGGUAGUUUCGAGAAGAUUGUCAAGAACCCUGCUUUGCAGACUAUUGACAAGCAAAGGUACACCAACACUUUGCAGGCCAUUUUCUUUCAGAUUGCCUUGCCAUUUGCACCGAAAGUGUCGUCGGAAGGCGAUUUGACGUUGAAGGCCAAGCAGAUUACUGAUCGCUUGCGAUCCGACGGGAUGGGAUCCUUACAGUCCAACUUCACAUUAGCCAGAAUGUCUUCCUGGAGCAACUCGAACAACAAGACCGCAAGACAUAUGUCUACUGUUCCGGUCUCAGUCACCAACUUCGAUCGACGAACCUUGCAGUGAAACCACGGAAGAGACGGUGGAAUGCAAGUUCUGAGCCAAGUGCUGCCCCAUGCUGUGCCACUUUUCAAUGAAAUGGACACCUGUUGAAAUGUCGUGUGUUUCACUUUGUCUCUCACCAUCAUGCAUCCAAAAUGUUCAGACUCGCAGGUGUUGGCCACUAGAAGGGCGACCAGUUUUCAGGGAAGCACACAAAGUCAUCACAUGAGGGAAAAAAUCCCAAAAUUGAUAUUACAAAUCAGCCCUUUGGUGAUGCAAACUACAUCAGCGCAUUCGUGUUUCACCAGCCGCUUGAAAUGACAAAUCAUGCAGUGCUUCGGGUUUGCAAAUGCACUCCAUUUUGGAGAUGUGGCGCAGUCGGACACAGAACGUACGGA